UACCAACAAUAAUUAUGAUUAAUUCAAGUGAAACAUCAACUUGUCGAAUAUGUUUUAAAUCGUCAGAGAAAUUGAUGACUCCUUGUUUAUGUCGAGGUGUUUUUGCUUUCGUUCAUCAAUCAUGUUUGGCUCAUUGGUUGGAGGAAACUAAAUCCGAGUAUUGUGAUAUAUGUCGAUUUAAGUACAAAACAAUCAAAUGUCCAAAAAAUUUAGUUGAUUGGAUCACCAAACAAACCAGAGAAAGACAUGAUUACAUUUCCUCGAUUGUUGUUUACGUUUUUCUGUUGUACUUCCUCACAUUUGGUUCGAUCAUUUGGUUUCACAGUUUAGGUCGAAUCAAUAUUGCCUUGACCCUUUUGCUGCUUCUGGUCACUUUAUGUUUGGGAACCCUCACUCUCACUUCACUUUGCUCAUUCCUUGGUGAGGAAUUUAUUUCAUACAGAAAGUGGAUUAAAAGUAACUUCAGGAUCACAGUUCUUAACAAUCCGGAUAAUAAAGUUGAACCACCGACACCACCGAGAAGAGUAGUGAGGUCCAGUGGUGUGUCCAAGGGAAGUCGAGAGCUCAAUUACAAGUCAUCUUCAUCUUCAGAAGGACUUUAACAACAAUGGAAUAAGUGUUUAAGUCCAAAAUGAAUUUAUUUAAAUGUGAAAAAAGAAAAAAUAGAAAAUUAUUAGAAUCCAAGAA